UGUUACGAAGCGUCUUCCUGUUGUGACUGGCGGCUUCUCCGUCGCAGACUGUCCGUUAAAGAGCCGGUAAAAAGACGACAUCACAGAGUGUUUCAGGUGAGUGUUCCUCAUUACCUGGAUGAUAUGAGACCGGCUCUGACGCGACUGUAGAGUCGGGAGCAGGUGUGUGACAGUGCCCCCAGGAAGCCAUGGAUGAGCCGGUAGCAGCCAGCCCCUGUUCGUCUGAACCGGACAGUCCCGGAGGUCUGAACCGAGGCUGCCUGCUCGACCCCGCGGACCUCCUGUACCACGAUCUGUCCAUCAUCGUCCCGGAAACACCAAGUCCGCAGCUCAGUAAACGGAGGAGACACGGUCGGACCACAGAGGAACAUUUCAGCUCUGUGGCGGCCGGGGGUUCACUGGAGCGACCAGAACGUCCCACCAGCAGUGAACGAGGUUUCUCAUGUAAAUCCAAACGCAGGCGUCUGGCGGCAGCGAUGGGAGAGCAGAGUGUCGGUUUUGUUCCCGCUUCAUCUCUGAGAUCUCUCCCUCUGGGCAGCUGGCUGCAAACCCCACUGUCAACUGCAUCCUGUUCCUCCUCAUCAUCAUCCUCCUCCUCCUCCUCCUCUUCCUCGUCCUCCUCCUCCUACCUCACUCCAGUCUCAGCGGAGGAUGUGGAAGAAGUGGCUUCGACUGUGGCGGGCUCCACAGAAGAAACCAGUCCUGCUUGUCUUAACCAGGGGAGGAGGCGAAGUCCGAUGACGGCUUCAGCUUCGCCCUCAUCGCCGCCGCCCCCCCGCUCUGACUCUCUGUCCUUCCUGACAGCAGAGGAGAGGAGAUGGCUGAACGGCGAAGGAAACACAACAGUGGCGGCGGCGGCGGAGGAGAUCGUCAUCAGUGACGAUGAGGAUGCCGUGGUUCUCUCUGCACAGAUGGAGGAAGACGAGGCGUUGGCCUGGAGCCUGCAGGCCCAGUUUGACCAGGAGGAGGCGGAGUCACACAGCCGACACCACCACCAUCAUCAUCAUCAGCUUCACUAUCAUCUUCAUCAGCAGAGCCACCACAGGUAUCAUCCUCACCUGGAGCACAGCUGGAUGUCUCAGGUUCUGGCUGCGGUCUCUCCUCCGACCUUUGAAGACGAUCAGAUUGGUCAACGCAGAAGACGUGGGCGGGGCAGAAGGGGGAACGCCAUGCCCUGCUUCUCAGAGGACCCUCAGGGGAACGACUACGAGGCUCUUCUGGAGUUCGAGGAGCGUCAAGGUGCCGUCGUGUCCAAGAAGUUGACUCGGAGGGAAAUCCAGAGGUUUCCCACCAAAACGUUCAAGUCUGCCAACGGCGCCGGGAACACCCAGUGUCAGAUCUGUUUCUGUGACUACACUGAUGGGGAGAAGCUGAGGAUGUUGCCGUGUUUCCAUGACUACCACGUCCAGUGUAUUGACAGGUGGUUGAAGGAUAACACCACCUGUCCGAUCUGCAGAGCCAACCUGGCUGACGGUGACUCCCUCGCCCCCCCAACCCUCUGACCUCUGACCCCUGUUUCUACUG